GGUACGGGGUACUGUGUACUGGGUGCUGGGUAACGGGUAACCCCACCCAUCCUAUUCCCAAACCAAUUAGUUUACAGGUCUCCAUAAUUCCCGCUCGUCCAUGAUGAAGACCUGGUUACCGAGUAUAUUCAUUGGAACAAGAUGGCGCUGUGUUGAACGAAAAUGAACAAAAACACCGAGAAAAAAACAUGAAAAUGCUCCACUCUCGAACACUUAAUAGUGAAAACUAUCGCCCAAGGCUGAAGGAAAGAUAAUGUUCUCGUCAGGAGGGUAUUUUCGUAGCGUGAAUUGUCCUUUUUUUGUCCAUGGUUUGUGUCAUCGUCCAUACUGCCACUUCAGACACGCAAAACCUGGCCAUGGGAGUACGACUAAGAAUGCAGUAGUUAAAAGUUGCUUGAAAUCUAAAGUUAAUACUACAGGAACUAAGUGUGGAACUGAAGGGACUUCUUCAUCGAAAUCUCUAAAAAGGUCCACCAAUGAAGAGUCAGUCACAAAAUCUUCCCCUGAUCCUAAACCCAUUGUUCAAGCACAGAACAACGCAACAAAAACUAAUACAAAUUCACUCACAAAUAUAAAAGAUGCAGAUGAACCACCACAGUCCAAGGAAUUACCAAGUUCUAAAGAAGAAAGUGAGAAAAAAGAUUUACCUCGGAAUUCAAAGAAAAUUCCUUCAUUUCUAGAUUCUUUAGAGAAGAUUGAACAAGCUGUGAAUGAGGCAUCGGAAAGUUUAUUGAUUCAUAAUAAUGCAAAAGUAUUAAGUUGUUCUGCGAGCAAUAAUCCUAAAGAUUCAAAACGUUUAUCUAAAAAUCAAUCAUUAGUAAGUACUGAAAAAAAUGACCAAGCAACGAAGGAGGAUAGCAAUAAUAAAAUUGAAAAUAAAGGAGAAGAGAUAGCAAGGGAUUUACAGAGUGAGGAAUGUCAAGAUAUCAAUAUUUCAACAGACAGCAAUAAAUCUGCAAAAUGUAGUGGUAUUGAUGAAAUAUCUGUAAGCAAGGACAGAGAACUCAAGAUUACUGACAAUGAAUUGGAGAAAUUGGUUAAAGUUGAUGCUAAAAAAAUCUCAAUGGAUUCAUCAUGGAAAGGCAUUGAGGAUGUUUCUAGAGAAACUCCACCAGAUGGAAAAUCAAAAGACCAGAAAAUCGAAUCUACAGUUUUAGGAAAGAAAAGAAAGUCAUCCAAUAUUAAUAAUAUGGAGAUGAAAAAAGCAAAGAUAAAAAAGCAAAAUUCACAUGAGGAUUCAGCUAAGCUUGAGAGAAAGGGUUCAUCUUCUGAUUCUAAAGACGCGAGUAAAACAGAAAAAACACAUAUUCCUACUUCUAACAAGAGGGAUAAUUGUGACAGGAAACACUCAACUUUGAAACAAAAGCAAAAAACAAAUCCAGAACUUAAAGUCGUGGACCUUGAUUUUUUUAGCUCUCCUAAGAAAGUGAAGUUGAGCAAAACAUACUCAAAAGAGAAAACAAAAAGCAAAAAAGAACCUUCAAAAGAGGAGAGAAAAGCCCAGAAUUGUCAAUCGCAGCUUAAAACAUUGCGAAGAAAUUCAGAUAGUAAACGGUCCAUGAAACAAAAAUUAAAACAAAAUGAAUCAAAGGAAAAAAUUUAUUCCAGGAAAUCAAAAGUACAUGAUAACAUAACUAAGGACACAUCUGUUCCCUUGACAACAUCAUUAUUUGAGAGUGACGAUGAAGUAAGAUUUAGCAGCGAUAGUCUGAGUGGUUCCGAGUCAGACACUGAUCCUGUAGACAGCAGUACAGAGAUGCUGAGGGAGAUAUUUGACAAUUAUGACCCUCAAAGGGAUCUACGAAAUCCUUCGUCAAACACAAAAAAGGUUAAAGAAUCUUCAUCACGGUCAUCUAGGAUGCCAUCUACCAGUUCUACCCCAGAAAAGGAGAUGCAGCAGAAAGCUGUUGAUUUACCAGGAUUGGGCAAGAAACAAAGAGUUGCACAUACUGCUAGUUAUUUAGUGCAAAGAAAAUCAAGUAACAUCAAUCCUAUUCGAAGAGUUCCCAAGACAACAGCAAGCUCCUCUAGUGCAUCCUCCACACAAGACCAGUCAAAAGAGUACAACCUACUUCAGGGCAAGAAAAGAGUAGCUCAUCAACCAAGGCCUGCCAGUCAGAGCUCCCUACCACGCCCUCGGAUACCUAUUGAAUAUGGCGCUAAAGUACCACAGAGUUUCCGUCAGAGAUACCUGGAUAAGAUUGUCGAUGAACACCUCAGACUGAGUGCCUUGGAGCAAGAAGCAUUUGACAAGGCAGUGGAAGAAGAAAGGGGCUUGUAUAACCGCAGUACUAGAAGACACAUGUAUCUAAACCUGUGUAUUAAUGCAAUCAAGAAUCUGCGCAGUCAACCAACACCUGAGCAUCAACCAGAAUCAACACAGCCGAAUACAGCUACUGCUACAGUAUCUACACGUCGUGUAUCAGCAACAGCUAUUGAUAGUCAAAGUCCAAAGAAGAUUGAUGUAGACCACCUUACAGAGGAGAUGUUCUACAAUUUGCUUUUUCCCUACAUUCUUACUGAAGAAGAACUCGUAGAAAAUGGUUUUCCACGCUCUUCGCUAACAACGCCUGGAAAAGUAACCUUUAAAUCGAGAAAACCUAAAACGACUCCAAGUAAAGAUCCUAACCGUCGUAUCUGUUGUCGUUGCGGCACACCGUACACAGUCCUUGAAGAUGGCACUUAUUUCAGGCCAGAGGAAUGUGUCUACCAUGUUGGACGGCUACUGAAGAGAAGAAUUGCUGGUGAGGUUACCACUACCUACUCGUGUUGUGGUGGCGAUGGUUCGACUCCUGGAUGUGCUGUGGGCAAGGUUCACGUGAGUGAGGGUAAGGAUGCAACUGAAGGUUUCAUGACGACUAUAGUCAGUCCACUAGCAGGAAACCAAAAGAAAGUAUUUGCCGUUGAUUGUGAGAUGUGCUAUACUGUUGCUGGAUUAGAAUUGACGCGCGCAACUGUGGUUGACUGGAAACUGGAAAAGAUUUAUGAUACAUUCGUCAAACCGGACAAUCCUGUUUUGGAUUACAACACUAGGUUCAGCGGUGUUACGGAGGAAUGCCUGCGCGGUGUCAAGACCAGCAUCAGAGAAGUCCAGGCUGUACUAUUGAGUAUAAUACACCGAGAUUCGAUUCUAGUGGGACACAGUCUAGAAAGCGAUCUUUUGGCGCUUAAGCUCGUCCAUAGUAAAGUAGUUGAUACAUCAGUGGUGUUCCCUCAUCGCCUUGGACCUCCGUACAAACGAGCACUACGGACGUUAACUGCUGAGUUCUUGAAGCAAAUUAUACAAGAUGACGAGGCUGGCCAUGACAGCCAUGAGGACGCAAAAGCAAGUCUUGAGUUGAUGUUAUACAAAGCUAAAGAAGACUUGAAGAAGAAGGAAAGAAACAAGAAAUAAUGAACGUUGAUGAAGCGACAGGAUCGCUGGAAGGAUUUCAGUGGCAGCAAACACUACUGUUUAUCAAAGAAUAGAAUCGACUUUGGACUAAACUUUAAGAAAACUCAACUUAGAUAACCCAGAAUUAUUUCAGUUUUGAUAGUUAAGCUGUGAUUAAGUGUGAAGACAGUCGAGUUUUGGUGUUAUUAAUAGUACAUUAGUUCGCUGUUUGAGGCAAAUUCUUUAUUCCAAAAUACCCUUGAGCAGAAAAGUCAUACUACGACCUAUUUUCGAAAUGUAGAAAAAGAAAAAUCCAAGAGAUGUUUAUAUAGAAAUAUUUAAAAGAAAUUACAAGCUCUAUUGUUCUCUAUACUAGCGUGUAAUGAAACUAGACUGUGACCAUAACACUAUUAUGAAAGUGUUGUUUCACUUCUGUUUUCAUAUCA